AGCUUGUGGUCGUUUCAAAAGAGGAUUUGAUAAAACUUAAAAAAAACCCAAAGCUUUAGGGAUUUGAAGAAGAUAAGAAGCAGCGACACACAAUGCUUCAACUCUGCUCCACGUUCCGUCCUCAACUUCUUCUUCCUCCCCGUCAGUUCCGAUUCACAGAUGGUGUUUUGAUUCGACAAAUGAACUUUGGUGCAAGCAAUUCAGUGAGUAUCAGACCAGUGAUACGUUGUCAGAGAGCUAGCGGAGGUAGAGGUGGAGCUAACAGAAGCAAACCCGCGAAGCCGCCUGUUAAAGAAGGGAGCAACAAAACAGUAAUCGAAGGUUUGGUUACAGAAUCACUACCUAAUGGGAUGUUUCGAGUUGAUUUGGAGAAUGGGGACAACAUUCUUGGUUAUAUCUGUGGUAAGAUUAGGAAGAACUUCAUACGGAUACUCCCCGGGGAUAAAGUGAAAGUCGAAAUGAGUGUUUAUGAUUCAACUAAAGGUCGUAUCAUUUUCAGAAUGAGCAGUAGAGACUAAAGUAAAGAACCCAUCACUCUUUAAGUGUGUUUUGUGUUCCUGUCAAUUCUUAUUUUUCUAAGUUUAGGCAAGUUUGGUGGGUAAAAGAAUCAUGUAAUCGUACAGCAGGGUUUUUACAUCGUCGUUAUUCAGGUUUUUAAGCGUGUUAUGUUCUUCUUCUCCUAUAUUCGUAAAGCUUGAACAUACAUCUUGGCCUGUCUUUUUUAAUGGACUACUUACUAUGCACCGUGAUUAGUGUUUUGUUUUCGUCGGUACUGCGAGUCUGAAUGUCCAAGUUCUUUAGUU